UCAUCACUGAGCGCAUGGAAUAAACCUCUAGAGCUGGCGCGUAAACACAGAUGUGAGGAAUGGAUCAGAGUCUCGAUCUUGUUAAGGUGCACGGGGGCGGCGGGUAUGACUCAGAUUUCAGUGAUGAUGACGGUGGAGGAGAAUCAUCGCAGCAUGAUGGGAAGAGGCGUGGUGAAGACGAGCUGCUGCAGAAGCCGUUCCAGCGAGGCAAACACACCAAAGUGGCUCACAGAAACGUGGCUGAUGAAGAAUGGGACAGAGAGGAGGCCAGGAACAGGCGGCACCAUCUCAUAUCCAUGAACGCUUUUGACAGACAUAAGAAGUUUGUGAAUGAUUAUAUUCUGUACUAUGGAGGGAAGCGGGAGGACUUUAGAAGAGCCAGGACAAAAGACCGGACCGAUCUGGACGUGGUGAAGGAGAAUCACCGCUUCCUUUGGAGAGAUGAGGAUGAGGAGGAUAUGACGUGGGAGAAGGAGCUCGCUAAAACCUACUACGAUAAACUGUUUAAAGAGUACUGCAUCGCUGACCUCAGCAAGUAUAAAGAAAACAAGUUUGGAUUCCGGUGGCGUAUUGAAAAUGAAGUGGUAUCUGGAAAAGGUCAGUUUGUGUGUGGUAAUAAGCGCUGUGAGAUGAAGGAGGGUCUGAAGAGCUGGGAGGUGAACUUCGCUUAUGUGGAGCAGGGCGAGAAGAGAAACGCUCUGGUGAAACUACGUCUCUGUCCAGAAUGUUCCUUUAAACUGAACUUCCAUCACAAGAGGAAGGAGGUGAAAGUUACGAGGAAACGUCGUUCCAAAGAGAACAGAGACGAACGAGCCGCCAAAAUGUCCAAACGCAAGUCCAAGCACAGAGAGAAGCGCAAACACAAGAAGAGGAGAAAAGAACGUUCCUCAUCCAGUUCUGAGGAUUCUCCUGGAUCAGAGAAAGAUUCGGAGAGUGAAGAGGAGGCUGGAGGUCCCUCGGAGUCUGAGUACUGGAAGGGCCCGGCUCCGGCUCUGGAGGAGAAAUCUCGAGAGGACGAGUUUGACGAGUACUUUGAGGACAUGUUUCUCUGACCAGGGGACCAAAAGAUCCAGAUCAUGACCACAGUGCCUUGAUCAAGAUCAUCGUUUUCAAAUAAAUUCUCAUUGUUUUGUUGAACAUUUGCUAUUUUUAUGUUUAUUUUAAUAAUAAAAGACUUUGUGCACCCAUUUAUACUUUGCUUACAACAGUGUACCUGCCCCCGUACUCCAUUUAUCAAUCCUGACUACCCACUGUCAUGUUCCUCCUUUUUGGGGCGUCUGAUGUUUCUCCUUUCUUAAGUCUGAUGCCCUCCUUAUUGGUGUCUGAUGCCCUCCAUUUUGGGGAUCUGAUGCCCUCCUUAUUGGGGUUUGGUGUUCUUUUUGGGGAUCUGAUGUUCCCCCUUUUUGAGGUCUGAUCUUUGGUCUGAUCUUUUUUUCACUAACAUGGUUUACAUUUAAUAAAAAAUAAACUAGUACAGUAAGUGAAUGUUCUUAUUUGAAUUAAUACUUCAUUUAUGUAUUUUGAACACAUUGGCGUCCUUGGCAGCGAAAAGUUUGAAAAGUGCCGCUAUUGAGGAGCACCACAUGAGGUGGGAUCUGUCGGAAUACGGGUGGGAAAAGCAGUUGCGUGUGUAUGAGUGUAAAAUAAAGAGAUUUGCUUACUGUA